AUGGAUAAUUAUGAAUAAGUUUUAUUUCUUAAUCCAACUCAAUUAUAGUCUGUACAAAGCUAAUUCGAGAAUAUCAAUAAAUAAGUCAUUUAGCUCUAUGAAAAAGUAUAAAAAGUAUCAUUAUUAGAAAAAAUAUAAAAAAGUUUACACGUUAUUAUCCAAAUUUUUAGAUCGUUACGAUCAUACCAAUUAGAUUCAUUUAAAUGAUAGAAUUCAUUUUUUAAAUAUACUCCUAAUGUCCUUAAAUAAAAUAUUUAAGAAAUCCAUUCUCAAAGAUAUGUCCAGGAAAAACCUAAUUGAUAUUAAAGUCUGGAAAUAGAAACUUACUAAAUACAUUGAAAUCUAUCCUAUUCUCAUAUCCAAAAUUAAUUCAAAUUUAGAAUUGGCUACUGCUGAUCCUAAACAAAGAAUUAGAGAACAAUUAAGAAAUUCCAUUUUUAAGGAUUAAUUAGAAUAAUAAAUUUAAAUCAUAAAUACCAGUGGAUAACUAAAGUUAGAUUAAAUUACAGUUCCUUUCUUAUUAACUUAAGAAUUUGAAAUUUAUUUGAAAAACAUAAUGAUCGCAUACAGAUUGUAAAGUUAUUAUGCAGAAAUAAAGCCUAAUGAGAAGUUAAAAUUUGCCCUUUUAUCCUAUGAUAUAAGUAAAAUAAUACUUUAAAGCAAAGGCAGAAGAGUCUCUAAAUUAUGUUAAUAUAUAUUAUCAGCUACAAAUUUAUUUAAUAGAUACUUUGAAUCAAAGGAUGAUUUAUGCUCUCAAUUAAUUGAAGAAAUCAAUAAUUCAGAAGCUUUAAAAUACUUGAUAUUUUUAGUAUAAUAAGUUGAAGCUCAUGGUGAUUUCAAAAGUAAGCUUAAAUGCAAAUGGAAAUUUACGAAAUUGUUAAAACCUCUGAUUUGGUUUUGGAUCCAAACAAUUUAUUAUUAUCAAUCAAAAUUUAAGUUUGAAAGAUGUUCAGAAAUAAUGGGAGUACUGAAAUGGCUAAGUUAUCAUUACUUAAUCUCAACUGAUGAACUAUCAAUAUACGUUUAAAACAUUUCUGCAAUUACAUUUGCGAAAAAUAAAGAAUACAUUAUAUUCAAUUAAAUUUUAGAGUAAAUAUAUUUAAAUGAAGAAAUUGGAUUGCCUAGAAUCAAGAACUUGUUUGAACAAAAAAAUGCAUAACUUGAUGACCUAUUAAAUUAGAAAUAAACAAUCAAUUAUUACUAUAAUUAAAAUAAUAAGGAUGGAAUAUCAUAACCAGAAUAUUUCUAUUGUCGACCAAAUGCAUAAAUUAAACUAGCUCAUAAUUCAGAACUUGCUUUUAUUGAAAUCAAUAAUGAGAAUUUUAGUUCAAUUGACACGAGGUUAUCUAGUAAUACAUUGAGAUUUCCAAAGAAAGAGAACACUUCAAUUCAUGGAUCUAAAUCUUUUAGAGGGUCGCUUUCAUAAUUUUCUAAUAGUUUUUCUGACAAAAAAAUAUCAAACUAAAUCGAAUAGAUUCAACCUUAAACUUAACCCAAUUCCAAACCUACUACUUAGUUUUUGGAUAAAAUGAUUAAGAAGAUGAUUGAAAACAAAGUAAUGACAGAUGACAUCUAGUAAAUUAUCUCGUUUAUUUCUUAGAUGUAAAGAAGUUCAAUUGUUGUAAUUGCUGAGUAAAGAGAAAUUGGAAUAAAAGGAAAGUGAUUUCUACAAGAAACUAUUAAGAUUUAAAACUUAAUUUUCUAAAUUCGUAUUACCAGUUAAAUUAAAAUCAAAAUAAGAAGUUAUAACAAAAUAAGAUUUACAAAUGAGAGUUAUUAAUAAAUAAAUACAUGUUGAUUCUUUAAAUGCUAAACCUAAUCAAAUAUUAACAAAAUAAAAUGAUCUUGAUAAUUCAUUACUAUCUUUCGAAAAGCCAGGAGCAAAAUUAGGACCUUUAUAGAAAUUGAAAAAGAUUAUUUUCUAACAUCCAGAAGUUUUCUCUCUAUAAAAGUUUAGAAAUAAAUUAAAAUCAUCAAAAAAAUGGUACAAUAGAUCCAAUAGUGUCAGAAUGACAAAUGCAAGUAUUAUCACUUUCUUAUUUAAGGAAGAUCAGUAAUGAUCAUGAAGACAAAAGAAUAGCACAUUCAAGAAUUAAAUUCCUUAAGGGAGAGGUCAAUGUCUUAAUUAAAAAAGAAUAUCAGUGAAACACAACUCAACAUAUAGGGUGUAGAUAAAGAACUGAGAAGUAAGAGUGUUAGAUUUAGGCAAUUUCGAUAAAACACUGAAUAACCAUUUUAACUUGAAAAUAGAUACUAGAAUUUAAGCAAAUCAAUAACUAAAUUAGAUUAAACAAAAAAAAAUAUUUGA